AUGCCAAACCACUUAGUUGCCAGCUGCAUUUUGCUGGCUCUCAGCCUGAAUCUGAGCAUUCGUCCUGCGCUUGCAGCCAUACACAAGCGAAGUGGCGCCAAUUCCCUGGGAGUGGAACCGGAGGCGAAGCCUGCGGCUAGUCCUGCGGCCAGCGUGGAGAACACAGACCUCCUGGACAAGCUCAGUUGGAAGUGUGCAAACAAUGCCAGCUGCCUCUAUGGCGUGGCCAACGGCAUUAUGGCCUCCUAUCGUCGCGGCGAGACCAUCAAGCUGGGCCUCUUUGACCUGGUCAAGCUGCCCGAGCUGGAUGCCUCGCACAAGCACAAAUGGGGCACAGGGCGGGGUCUCUCCAGCUUCAUGGACUUUGUCACCGGCAAUGCCAUCCGGGUCCCCGUGGGGCCAAUGGUCUUCAGUGUGCAGCGAGCCGAGGACGACAGCGAAUAUAUCGAGGUGGCGUUGCUGAAGAAGGCAUCGAGUGGAACAGGACGCCUGCAAGGCAACGGACUCCUUGGUGGAGGAAACGGUGGCGGUGGUUUUAUGGGCGGCGGAGGUGACAACGGUGGAGGCGGAAUUCUGGGUAACCGAAAGCGUAAACAGCAGCAGGACAAGAAACAGUUCCAGAUGUACAUACCAAUGUACCUGGCAGCCACCACAUUUGGCUGGACAAUGGUGGUGGCCAAGUCUGUGGGUCUGCUGACUCUGAAGGCCCUGAUACUGUCCAAGAUUGCCUUUGUGGUGGCUGCAGUUCUGCUGAUCAGGAGACUUAUGGACAACGUCAACGAAAGGGUGUAUCCCUUUCCGGAACAGACGCCCUACAUGAUGCCCUAUGGCAUUGACUAUCCGCUGCAUGGCGCUGAGAUUGCACCAGAAAUGUAUCCUGCCUCGCUGCAUCACCUGGCGAUAGCGGGCGGUGGCCAGCUGCCCGGGCAUCCAGGUCAUCCGGGCCUGGAGAGCCUGAGCGCUGAGAGCCACCUGCAUUCCGCCCAGGUGUCCAGCGAUGGUAGUAACAACACGCAAGUGUUGGCCUCUCUGGGCGGUCUCAGCGCCUUGGCCCACAAGAUCAAGCGUGAGGACUCGUGGUUGGCGAAGAGUAAGUCCACACCCGCUCGGCGACCGUUAAUCUAUAACUACGUGCAGCCGCAGAUGCCUUACUACCGCUCCUGA